UUUUCAGUCUGAGGAGUUCGAUCCAAAACGACCAUUUAGAAUUAGAGGUACCAAUCAGUAAUCUCAUCUCAUCACUUCUCUGAUUCAAUUCCUCUUCUUAUAUCUUCUACUAAAUCGUCUCUUGUAAUGGUGAAUUCGAUUUUGUAACGAAUCGAAAAAAAAGGGGGAAAAAAAAAAAAAAUCAGAAGAUGACAAGUAGAGAAAACUGGUUUCUUCCUUGAGUUGAACAAGGGGACAUGUAAAUCUACCACUAGACGUGAUUAAGCUUCUCUUUCGUCUUCAAUCUCGUAAAGAACAUUGUAAUGAUUCAUGUUUUAGGGCUUUAAUUGAAGUAACCCAGGAGUUAAAUUUCUAAAAGGUUUGGUUUUUACUGUAGUAGCAAGCAUCUCCAAAAGCAAAUUGUAGAACAUGAAUCUUCAGAUAGAGCUUCCUGAUGAUGGUUCAAGGCAAGCUUCUUCUUCACCAUACUCUGGAAAAGCCAAGGCUGUUUCUGAAUGUGGCCUUGGUGAGGACAUGUAUGAUCCUUUUGUAGACAGCUUUGAACCACCAGUACCGAAGGCGAGCGUUUCUUCCAACAGACCACUCAGUAUGGAAGAAAACAUUCAAGGUGUUGAUAAAGAAGUUCUGAGCGAGUCUGACAUGACAGCUCGGGUCAGUCUUUCCUCUAACAAACCACCUGAUGUUGAAGAAGAAAACACCACCACAGGAAAUGAUAUUGGAGUUGUUGUUUCUGGAGAUAACGAUGAGUUUGGUGAGAAUGCGGAGUUUGGAAGAGAAUGUAACAGCCAAGAGACUGGGACUCCGAACUCUCAUAACGAGGUGAACAGUGUACAUGAAGGUGAUGAUGACAUGAGGAAAAAGUCUGGAGAGAAAACAAAGGAGAGGGAUUCGUCAAGGUCCAUGAAGCUUUUCAAAGUCGUGCUUACGAAAUUCGUCAAGGAUCUUCUGAAACCAUCGUGGAGACAAGGGAAUAUGAGCAAAGAGGCGUUUAAGACUAUUGUUAAGAGAGUUGUGGAUAAAGUGUCGACUUCAAUGGAGGGUCAUCGUGUACCCAAAUCAAGAGCUAAGAUCGAUAGGUACAUUGACACUUCACGGCAGAAGCUGACUAAACUGGUUAUGGGUUAUGUAGACAAAUAUGUCAAAGCAUAGAAGAUAAGAGAAUCAAAGGGGAUUUCCCAUAACACAGCUUUCUGCAGCUGGAGAAGAUUAGACCUUUUGUUUUGUCUGCAAAUGAUGUUUAGGCAGAAUUGUUCUUCUUCGGUUGUGAGUUUCACAAUGUAAAUGAAGAAUCCAUCAUUUUAAACAGAGUAGUUGAAACGAUUGUCUGAUCAUAAAGCCACAUCUCAUAUGACUGCAUCCAGAAAAACCUUCUUGUACUAACAUGAUCAAUAUAAAGUAUUUUGUCUAAUUUUGCAUGAUCAAAUAAAGAUCUUAGACCUCUAAAAGAAUCUUAGAACCUCUACGAAUCAUGAUUAGAUGUGUACAACAUAU